GGGGUGCAGAGUUGUACAGUGAGUCAGCUGGGGUCAGGUACUGGAGUCUGAGUACUUCAACGCGUCAGUACUAGUAAUAUUAUUCACCCCUCGCCUCCUCGUACACUGCACACGGUGCUCGACAUGGGAUUCCUGCUGACCAAGAUGAUGACGGUGUUCGGUGACAGAGAGCACAAAGUGGUGGUGGUGGGUUUGGACAACGCCGGGAAGACGACCAUCCUCUACCAGUUUCUGACCAAGGAGGCCGUCUUCACGUCGCCGACCAUUGGCAGCAACGUGGAGGAGAUCACCGUGCGCAACACGCACUUCUUGGUGUGGGACAUCGGAGGGCAGGAGAGCCUCCGAGCCAGCUGGUUCUCCUACUACGGCAACACGGAGAUCGUGAUUCUGGUCGUGGACAGCACCGACCGCGAACGUCUGACUCUGACCAAAGAGGAGCUGCACAAAAUGCUGGCACACGAGGACCUUCGCAGAGCGGCCGUCCUCAUUCUGGCCAACAAGCAGGACGUGAAAGGCUCCAUGACGGCGGCGGAGAUCUCCCAGUGCCUCACGCUGGACUCCAUCACCACACACUCCUGGCACGUCCAGGCCUGCUGCGCCCUGACGGGAGAGGGUCUACCAGCCAGUCUGGACUGGAUGAGGUCAAGGGUCGUGGCAAACUGAAAAAAGAAGAAGAAAACGCCACCGUCCCGUGGAUCAAACUUCCUGAAACUGAGCUACACUUGAAGAUGCUGCACCGGUCAGAGCGUGGGGAUUAUCAUUUACAGUGUUUUUUUAUCUGGCAGAGGACUGUGACCAUGUUGUCUGUUGAUUACGUGUCACCACACCUGCUGUACAGGACAAUGUGUUUUACCUGCCAAGGAGGCCCCGCCUCCCUUCUCCCCCUGAGGCUGAGGCUGGCCGUCAGGGCGGAGGAGCAACAGAGAAAGCUGGAUGAUUUUAGGGGCCUGUGAACAAACUCCAGCCAAAUACCAGGAAAAAAAUGGCUCGGUGGUUUGAUUAUGUUUUAGUAAUCCAGCAAUCUUUCCUCAUAUUACUGUACUUCCAUAUCGUGUACAAAACAGCGUUUGAACCACUCACUGUCGCCCCAGUGGCUGCAGCGUUGCAAUAUAAAUAUGUUUAAUGCUAAAGAACAACAGGACUGUUUCAUUGAACCUAAAUAUAUUCAGUAAUUUAUUAGCAACACAAACAAACAUUGCUCUUGAAUCUAAAAUCUACUGUACAUAACAGCGAUUCCCCCCCAAACAGGGGAAUGCGCUAUAGCUGCUAAUGAUUCUAAGUCAUAUUUAAAAUGUAUAUAUUGUAAUGAGUGCAUUUUGUGAUAAAAGGGAAGAAAAUAAACGUUAUUAUUGCGAAAUAUGC